AUGGCACAAAAUAUUUUACGUAGUUCAACCAAGACAUUACCUAAAAAUGGCUACCUCAUUAAAGCAAUGUUUAGUAGCAAAACUUCGGGUAGUUGGUUUAAUCGUUUCCUCACUCCGGCAGAAGAAAAAAAACUAUAUUUAGGCAUCACAAGUGCAUUUCGUGAAAAAUUAAUUGAACAGUCUAACAAGUCUAUACAAGACUAUAGUCAUAUUAUCGAACAUGCUAUUUCAAGCACAAAACCUAUUAUAUUACCCAAAAUAACUAAAGUAAGUAUGAUUACUGCCCGUAUGGAACAACUGAAAGCAGAUUUAGAUUCAGCGGGUAAACAAAAAGACAUUGAAAGACUUCAAAAACUUCAACUAAAAAUGAGCAAAGAUGGAUCUAUAAAAGUGACAAUAUACAAUAGACUUAUUCGAGCUUAUAUAUGGUGUGAUGCAGUGGAACUAGCGCAUGGUGUAUUGAAUCAAAUAAAAGAGCAUGGAUUACUGCCAACCACACGAACUUUUAUUUAUUUAAUACAAGGUUAUUUAAAGAAUGACGAAUUAAAUAUUGCAAAAGAAUUAGUAAAACAAAUGAGUCAAUUAUCAUUGUUGACAUUACGAACAAGCUUUGAUUGUAAUGUGAUGAUGAGCUAUUACCAAAAGUGUCAUGAUGCUCCUGCCAUUGAAAAUUUAUGGCAUGAUAUUAUAUCAAAUAUGGAUCUUAUCAAACCUGGACCCAGUCUCUUUAUACAUUAUUUAAGUUGUCUAUUUUCAUCAACAUCUAUUAGUGAUUUACAACAAAACAGUGUUUGUCAAACAAUACGUCAUUUUCUAUCUCAUCAACAAGACAUUCAUUUAAACUUACAUCAAUAUAUGACAUGUAUAAAAGCAAUUCGAGUUUUGACAAGUACAAAUGAUAAAUCAGAUACCCAAACAGCCGAAACACUUUUAUUCUAUUUAAUUAAAAAUAUGCCAACAUCUAAGGUGGUAACUUGGGAAAAGACGGGUGAAGCUAUUCAACAGAUCAUAAACUCCUAUCUCAAAGAAGAGCAAGACUUGAAAAUUAUUGCAUUUUAUUAUAAACUUCGAAAAUCAGAACAUUUGCCUGAUAAAGUCUUUCAUCCGAAAACAAUGCAAACGAUUAAUAAUAUAUUAGGACGUAUAGAAGAAGAUAAAGCAAAUGGAGCCAUGACGAGUGAAUUAUUAACAGCAGAAAUAACAGCUGAAGAAGAUCCCUCUGCAUUUCUUAAAGCUUAG